GGAACGCACGGGGAAGUAGCCGCACUCAGCUUUGCAUAGCAACGCACAGCUUUGCAUAACCAAUACAGGCAGGCAUUUAAAGGCGUCGUCGCCUCCACGAACCCUGUAGUUAACUCGGUGAGGACCCACCCUUUGCGAUGAACCCCCUGAUGCAGGCUCCUCUCCUCAUCUCCCUGGGCUUGCUUCUCGCCGGCCCAGCGGCUCCUGCACGCAUUUUCUCGAACCGGCUUUCCCAGCUCAGUAGCUUUUCCUGGGAUAACUGCCAUAAGGGGAAGGACCCUGUGGUGAUCAACAGCCUGACUGUGGAACCUGACCCUAUUGUCAUUCCUGGGAACAUGACCAUCAGCGCUGAGGUCAAGACCACUGUGAACCUCAAAGAUCCUCUGAAGGUGGUAUUAACUCUGGAGAAGGAAGUGGCUGGCUUUUGGGUCAAAGUCCCAUGUAUGGAGCAAUUUGGCAGCUGCACCUAUGAGAACUUCUGUAAUGUGCUUGAAGUGUUAACUCCCCAUGAGAAUCCCUGCCCAGAACCCCUGCACACCUAUGGGCUUCCCUGUCACUGUCCCUUCAAACAAGGUACCUACUCACUGCCCAAGUCUGACUUCUUCCUGCCUGACCUGGAGCUGCCCAGCUGGCUCAGCAGUGGGAACUACCGCUCGGAGAUCAUCCUAAGCAUCAACGGGAAGCGUCUGGGCUGUGUCAGAAUCUCCGCCUCUCUAAAGGGCAAAUAAGGUGGCACCUGCCACAGCAGAAUGAAGAGGGUGUGAGGAAGGCAUCCUCUUCUUCUGUCUUACGUUGGCCAAGGCCAGAUUCUACUCUCUGUCCUUUCUCAAGCCCCUUUCUACAAUGACGACACUCCCCCGCUGAAAGUCAUUUUAUGCCACCUACAAAAUUUUUAGGUGUGGGCCAGCAGCCCUAACCUAAGGGCGGAUGAGCCUGGUGGUUUUUGACAGCCCAGGACAUCUACUGGGCUGGCCACUGCAUUUUCCUCCUCACCCCCAUGUCUUUCUCUAAGAGCUCAACUCAUUUUCUAAACAGUCAAGGAAGGGGCCUAACACGUCAGUGUUAGGUCAGUGUGUCACUGACCUAAAAGCAGAGUGAGAGUACUAACAGUUUUCAUUUUACUCCCACCCCCUCUUACAAUGAAGGAUCUGAAGGAGUCGAUCUCAGUCUGUUCCUCCAUUAACGUCUAUGAUUUAGUGUUCUUUUCUAGACUUGCCCAGUUAACAGUGGGGCACGGUGUAUCCUGGAGAGGCAAGGCAUGUGAUGGGAGAGAUAUCUGAGAAUGCUCUAUGUGUUUAAGAUAGUCUGCGAACUCAGGUACCUGCAGGGCAAAGCGCAAGACAUGAGUAAGUGAUGAGGACCACGAGGAACAUGUUUGCGGGCACAUCUUCCAUUUUUUCCUUUGUAUAAUAAUAUAACUGAUCCGAGGCAGCUGCUGCCCAGUCUCGAGCUGGGGGUAUAAUCAGGGAUGUGGGAACUGGGGUGAGUUGGAAAGGGCACAUCUGGUCCGUAGGGACAGCUGCUAUCUAGCUAUAGCCAGUGAGUACCACAGGAGAGUAUGGGCCCAGCAUUGCCAAAUAUUCUCAAUUUCUUUUUCCCUCGAGAAGCCAGAAAUCCAGACUUUUAUAUGAAAUCAAUUUUAAAAUAUUGGCAACGAAUUAUUUUUUUAAAUACUGAGCAGGCAGAAGGGGCCAAUCAGACUUGUCACUGGGGAAAUCUGGUUGGCUCAUGGGUGGCCAGUUCGUGGCCUUGGAUAUAAGAACAUGCAUGCCUUGUCCUUUUAACCUUGAGACAACUCCUCCAACACUGUUUCUCCCUCCAUCGGGUCAAAUCCAUAGUGCCUGACCCUAGAAUGCUCCUCCAGUGCUGGGGGAGUAGAGGCGGCCUCAGAGCUGUGAGCUCAGGGAUCACGAGGCUGCCUGCCCUGGCCUUGGAGCACUGUCAGGGUGAGUGGGGCAGAGGCUGACCAAGUGGACCCGCCAGCAGCCACUAUGGAGCAGGGAUCCAGCGAAGAGAGGUGGACUCAUAUCAGGUGCCUGGGUUUGUUCACUGUCCUGUCCUCUCAUGACAACUUAAUCACCCAUGACCAGCCCCGGGUUCUGGGCUCACAUGAAGGCUGGAAUGGUAAUAAAUCUUUUUAACUUGA